GUCGACAACAAGGGGGUCAUGAUGCUGCGUUGCACUUUUUGCAACAAAGUAUUUCAGGGGAGCCAAUUCCAGGCGACGAGGCAUUUCACGCAGAUGAACUACUGUAAGGACGUCAGCGACGAGGCUUUGUACGAGAUCGCGCGACCGAGUCAACAGAAGUUCGAGAGCGAUCAAAUGGAGAGGGUUGCCAGGUACGAGGCGGAGCGCGGAGUCGAUGUGCCUGGCACGGGUGGUGUGAGGGGAGGAGAGGCGUGGCGGCAGCCCGUGGAGGGAGCGUUAGGAGGGGUCGGGGGAGAUGGUGGAGGUGGAGACACGAAGGAGGGCACGAUCGACGUCGAUCGCGAGGCGCGUGUCCCGGGCGAGCAGGGAGUCCCGGGACACGAGGACGUGCCUGAGGUUUAUCCAGGCACUGGGGAGAGGAUGGAGGAUUUUUUGAGGCGAGCAGCCAAGGGACCUGUAGGGGAGGGUUCUUCCAAGAGGAAGGAAGGUGGAACAAAUCCGGACGCCGCCCCAGGUGGGAAGAGGCUUCACCAGCAGAAGGUCACUGACGUCUACGGUGGCGAGUGGGUUGCUCGCCACAAGAAGACAUUCCUUCGCUGGCUCUAUUCCAGCGGGGUCCCCUUCAAUGCCUUUCGCAACCAGGCUUGGAAGGCAUACCAGCAGGUCCUUCUUGAGCAGCCAGGCAGUUCCCCGCGCGCUGUGCUCCCCAGCCACAGCGAGAUUGCGAGUAUGCAGGCGGUGGAGACCCACCGUGAGGAGCUGGCGGAGGAGUUGGAGGUGAGGCAGCCAUUCUGGAUCACUGGUGCCACCCUCCUCUCCGACGGGAGGAACUCACGAGACGGGAGACCGAUCGUGAAUUUCCUUGCCGCCGACUCGCGAGGGGUCGUCAUUUACACGACGAUCAAUCGCGAGGGCAAGCCGGACGAUGCAGUGCACGUCCUUCGGAGAUGGGUGACCAUCUUCCACGAGUUUAGUUUCGGCGGCCCGCAGCGGGUCAAUGCGAUAUGCACAGACUCCGCAUCGGCGUACGUGGGGGCUGCAAGGGCAUUGGCCUCGCCGGGCAUCCCUCCUGCAAUCAAGAGGAUCACUUGGAUUCCGUGUUCUGUCCAUGUCUGCAACAAAUUGUUGUCAUACAUGGGGACGAGUUGCGACACGUUUGUGGACGCGAUUACACGCGCUCGUGUUCUGGUGGUGUUUUUCAAAACCCACCAGGCCGCCCUUUAUUUCUUUAGGAAGCGCAGCCCCAACAAGGGGCUUGUGCUUUCUUUCGAGACGGGGUUCACGUCUAUUUAUUCUAUGUUGGAGAGACUGUUGGCCCUGCAGGACGCUCUGCAGGCGAUGAUGCGAGGGGAUGACGGGCGGGAGUUUGCUUCUAUACCAUGGUCCGCCGAUGUGUGCGACAUGGCGCGUUGGGUGCACCGGCAGAUCAGAUGGGAGCCUUGGUGGCACACGAUGGCCACCAUAGUCCACAUCAUGCAGCCCGUCAUGGAGCUGCUUAGGCGGAUGGAUCGUGGGGGGCAGUACAUGUCCCUCAUGAUCGAGUGGACACACGCCGUGUCACUGAUGCGUGUGCUCCUUUGAGGGUUUUCGUUGACCGCAUCAUCAGGCGUGUGCAGGCUCGCACACAGCACAUGCUGAGCACAUGCUGGAGCCUG